UAUAUCCUCUCACUGAAUAUAGGAAUAGGUGGACAAGCAAGCAGAAGGGAUUGAUGGCGCACGGUGAGGUGGUGGUGCCAUGUCUUUCAAGCAUCAAGACUUGCUUCCUUAUCAUCGCAUUCAAACAGAGUAAAGUUGAACUUUAUAUAAUAAGCUGCUUUGCAAUUCGACAAAGUGGCAAUUAGAUCAAGCAAAGCGUGAGCUCUUCUACGUUUUGGAGCUGCCUGCGCUGAAAUGGGCUCACUAGAGGACAAGUUACUGCGUUAUUAAUAGGCUUAGUUACAUAGGCAAUGCUUGCAAUAGUUUCGUAGAAAAUUAGCUGACAUGAACAUCUGUGAGGCCUGAUCAAGACAUCACAGCAAUAGGGACGUUGGAUUGUAUUUUUAGAAACCAAUUUUGUUCAUACAUGUGAUGGGAAGAUUUCUGCUAGUGUGCGUCGCACCUGCUCUGGAGUAGCGUACACCGCUGGAGAAUAUGGAAUGCAGUUUAAUUUAUUCAUUUUCCUCAAAGGUUGCAAAGUGAAGAGUGGUUGCCUUAUGCUCUCCUAGAAAGCAACAUGUGAGAUAGGUAACUUUUGCACUCUGGAUUCCAGAACACGUUUAUCUGCUAAAACGGGUUGCUAUUCUUGUGGGACUUUAUGUACUCUUUUCAUCUUUGAAAUACACCAUCGACGUGGCUCUUAUGGGAAUGAAACACUCCUCCCGCUGUAUGCUCCUCAGGAGAAAAAUGGCGGAGUCCGAGAGCACUGAGCAACAGCAACAGCCGCAGCCAAUCCGCAUCAUCCAGUCUCAGCGCGUGCAGCCAACCUCGCUGCCCAAGCCUGUGCCCUCCAUCCACCAUGUCCCACAGCCGCCCCAUACGCCCCACGCUGCCUCCCUGCCCAGCUGCCCUGGCCGGGGAAAGAUGGCCAAGUUCCUCAACCCUGAGGAGAUGACCUCCAGGGACUACUACUUUGACUCCUACGCCCACUUUGGUAUCCAUGAGGAGAUGCUGAAGGACGAAGUGAGGACGCUGACCUACAGAAACUCCAUGUACCACAACAAGCACGCCUUUAAAGACAAGAUCGUCCUUGAUGUGGGCAGUGGGACUGGUAUCCUGUCCAUGUUUGCAGCCAAGGCAGGAGCCAAGCACGUGUAUGGGAUUGAAUGUUCCAGUAUAUCGGAAUACUCUGAGAAAAUCAUCAAGUCUAACCACCUGGACAGUGUUAUCACCAUCUUCAGGGGCAAAGUGGAGGAAGUGGAGCUGCCAGUGGAGAAGGUUGACAUCAUCAUCUCAGAGUGGAUGGGCUACUGUCUCUUCUACGAGUCCAUGCUCAAUACCGUCAUCUUUGCAAGGGACAAGUGGCUGAAACCCGGCGGUCUGAUGUUUCCCGACCGUGCUGCGCUGUAUGUGGUGGCCAUCGAGGACAGGCAGUACAAGGACUUCAAAAUCCACUGGUGGGAGAACGUGUAUGGCUUUGACAUGACCUGCAUCCGUAACGUGGCCAUGAAGGAGCCCCUGGUGGACAUAGUUGACCCCAAACAGAUGGUCACCAACUCCUUCCUGAUCAAGGAGGUGGACAUCUAUACAGUGAAGACUGAGGACUUGUCCUUCACCUCAGCCUUCUGCCUUAAGAUCCAGAGGAACGACUACAUCCACGCCCUGGUCACCUACUUUAACAUCGAGUUCACCAAGUGUCACAAGAAGACUGGCUUCUCCACCGCCCCCGAUGCUCCAUACACACACUGGAAACAGACAGUGUUCUACCUGGAGGACUACCUGACUGUGAGGAGAGGGGAAGAGAUCAUUGGCAGCAUCAACAUGAAGCCCAACGACAAGAACAUACGUGACUUGGACUUUACCUUUGAGUUGGAUUUCAAAGGACAGUUAUGUGAGGCAGCCAUCUCCCACGACUACAAGAUGCGUUAGCUAGGUGUCCAACAGGGAUAGCCGGUGCGCAGUGCUGCCUGCAGCCCCACAAACACAGAGGGAGGCAGAGGCACUCCCCUUAACAACAGACACUGAGGAGAGAGAAUGGGGUGGAGGGAGACGAGAGAGUGGGAUGGAAGAAUGAGAGAGGUUGAGAGGGAGAUGGUGGGAUGCAGGAAUCAAAGAGGAGAUAGAGGGAUGAGAGAGAAUAGAUGGAGAGGAAGGAUGAGAGAGGAUGGAUGGAGAGGAAGGAUGAGAGCGGAUGGAUGGAGAGAAAUGGUGGGAUAGGCCAGAUCAGAGGAAUCAGGUGAUGAUGAGAGAAGAGUACAGGGGUGGCACUCCAAGCAAUAUCAACAUGCCCACAUCAACACCUCUCACCGGCAUUUUUUUAAUUUAACCUUUAUUUAACAAGGCAAGUCUUAACUGUUAGGCCAACUGUUCAGAGGACAACUUUGAAUGUAACACCUUGUGAAUUCAAGAAUGUUCUAGUCAUAAUGAAUGUUAUUGAUUAUUUAUCUAUAUUGUAUGUUAUCUUGAUUUUGUUCAUUGUUCUUCCAAAAUAAUCAGGCCACAGGAUUAGUUAGCACUUUUUAAAAUGUCUUUAUUUUCCCUCCUUUUUGGGAAAAUAUUUUCUAUGUGAGUUUCAGUGUUUGGAGCGCAUUAUGAUCAGUUACUGUACUUUGCAUAUAUAUUGCAUAUAAUGAUACUUUUUAAUAUUCUACAUCCUAGGCCAGUAUCUUCUAUCUUCAAAUAUACUUUUAAAUUACCCAAUUUUGCAUGUUUGUAAAUAAUCUUCACCAUAUCUGGUAGUGCAGUAAUUAAAUGUAUCGGCCAAGAAAAAUUCAGUGCUGCAUAAUGUAUGUGUAACGAUGUGAAUGAUAGUGUGUGUUUGCAAUCAGGUCAUGUACUGUAGCUUUUUGGGAGUGUGCAAUAUAUAUGAGCGCUCAUACAUUUGCGCAGCUUGCACUCCAAAGUGUGGUCUGUGGUUUCUGUUAGAGCUGUGAUGUCGGCGUUGUAAUCUGCGUAGUCAGCGGCUCUUGUCUAGAUGCCUGCAAAAGCUCCUGAUUACAAGGCCUACCCCACUGAACAGACACUGAUCUUUAAUAAUAACCAUUGUCUCUUAAAUUCUGUGUACACACUGAAGCCAUACCAAGAAGUGGAAAGUGUGACGCAGCAUUUAGUGGGUGGGGCCUCACAUCAGUAGCUGCUGCUCACUGAACUUCUCUCAACUUGAGGGCCUUGUAGUUACCAUGCUUUCCCUGGCUCUGCUGAUCUCGGGUCAGUGACUGACCUGUCCUCAGAGCCUGGCCUAGCAACUGUCAGCAGUUAGUCCUGUCCUUAGAUCAGUAGCAGAGAGUUAAUUCCAGCCUCUGCUCAGCGCUGGAGUUGGACACUCAGGCGGCAGCUCCUUCCCUUCACCUGUGCUCUUACUAACUCUAAGGUCAUCGCCAAGGCAACAACUGGAGGUGUCCUCCAGUCCAACUGUGUGACCUCCCCUCACAGUUGUGUAGUACUGUUACACCAUCCUUCCUUACCAAAGACAUUCUAUCUGCAGCCAAGAUACAGACGCUCUUCCAUGCAUCUCAAUGAAGCUCAUCAGCACAACACUUAUGACUGUUCAGAAGACGUACAGUGUGACAUGCCAUGUAUGAAUAGACUAGUGGCUAGUAAUGAGUGAGUGACAUUUGGCUCAUGUACAAUAUGUUCCGUAAAGAGUCUGCGUUUUGAUCUAGAAGGGCAGGGACCGGUAGUUUCAUGUUGAGAGCUGUCUCUUGUGAGCAGAUAGUAUGUCUUUACCUUUUUUGCUUUUGAUCCAGUAUCAACGUGUGUAUAUCUAGCACAGUGUGUGAAAUAGAAUAAAAAAGCUGAAUAUUAUGAAGAAAAUCUAACUGAAAUAGUAUCCACUAAGUAGAUUGUGUGCAAUAGCAUGCAUACAACACUGUUGUCUUUGGAAUUAAGUCAGUGAUUUAAGCUAACGAACUUUAAUGUUUACCCUUCAGCAGAUAUAACACUUGCUAAGUGUUAUUCCUGUUUACCACUCAUGGCAAUCAUUUAAUUAUUUACACCUGGUAAUCUGCCUAAGUACUAAAACAUGGUUACCACUAGUUCAUUUUGUAUGACAAUUACAUUUUCAAGAGUUUAAAAAUAGUGCUAUUCAAGCAUUGUAUUGUAUUGUUAAUUUUACCUGCUGUCGUGUAAGAGUUAAAUAAAAGUUAAGCUAAAGACUAA